AUGAGCAAUAAUAUUAAGUCACGAGCGGGUUCUGCGAAGGAGCGUAGCGUCUUUGUCGGUAAUAUCCCAUACGAUGUCACAGAGGAGAUGCUCAAGGAAAUCUUCUCAGAAGCAGGAUCUGUGGUCAAUUUCCGUCUCGUGACAGAUCGAGAGACGGGGAAACCAAAGGGAUACGGUUUUUGUGAAUAUGCAGAUGGAGCGACAGCUUUAAGUGCCAUGCGGAAUCUCAAUGGCUACGAGAUUAAUGGUCGUAACCUUCGUGUUGAUUUUGCAGACGGUGGUGACAAGUCUGGAGGAGUAGAGAGAAAACGACAUGAUAAUGGAAGUCAGAAUCGUCCUGGAGGACCUAGCAGUGGUAAUUUCAGAACGGGUGUAGCUGAUGGAGGACCGCCUACGAUGGUGACAGGAGAAAUGGCAAUCCAUGCGAUUGAGUCAGCCAUUGCACGGCUUGGGCCAGUCAAGCUAUAUGAUAUGUUGGUGCAACUCAAGGAACAUGCGAGGCAAAAACCAGAGGUUACAAAGAGUAUUUUAAUGGCAAACCCGGCGCUCACACAUGCAAUUGUGCAGAGCUUCAAGACACUACAGAUCCCCAUUCCGUCGCCAACAGAGGCACAACCAGUGCUACUAGCCCCACCUUCGACAAUGCACCAACCAACGCCGAUUGCAGGAAGGAUAAUGCAGCCGUCAGUACGCCCAUCAAUGAAUGGAAUGAUGGGAUCUGGUCAGGGCAUUCUAGGCAUGGCUCCACCGGCAAUGAUGGCUUCUCAUCCUCCUGCAUCAGCGCCAGCACCGACUAAGUCUGGUGGUACACGUUGGAGUGCGCGACCCGGACCCUUGGCUACUCAGUCGACGAGUGCUGCCAUGGCUAAUAGGGCUGCCGUCGGCAUAUCUGCUUCUAGUCCCAUGCAAGCUCAGCCCCAACCAGGUUUAAUACCUACACCAACUGGACUGUCACAGUCGAGUGGACCUUCCAAUAGUAACUUGGCACAUGCUAAUCGCGACCCACGACGACCAGGAAGAGACCCGCGUUUGGCUAAGAGACCGUAUCCCGCUGAUCAAGGAGUGAUGUCGACGACGGAGGACAAGGAUGCUUCAAAGCGUGCCAAGCCCAGUGCUGCCGAUGGCGACGCCUCUCCGCCUGGUCACUUUGAUGCUAUCGCGGAACUUGCGCGUGAUAUGACCCCGGAAAAACUGGAUAUGCUGCCACCAAACGAGCGGCAGAUGCUGCUGGCUUUCAUGCAACAGAACAAUAUUCCGUUUUAA